GCGAGCGGCGCCAGGAUGUUCAGCUGGAUGGGGCGGCAGGCGGGCGGGCGCGAGCGCACGGGCGGCGCGGACGCCGUGCAGACGGUGACCGGCGGCCUGCGCUCGCUCUACCUGCGCAAGGUGCUGCCGCUGGAGGAGGCGUACCGCUUCCACGAGUUCCACUCGCCGGCGCUGGAGGACGCCGACUUCGAGAACAAGCCCAUGAUCCUGCUGGUGGGCCAGUACAGCACGGGCAAGACCACCUUCAUCAGGUACCUACUGGAGCAGGAUUUCCCUGGCAUGAGGAUUGGCCCGGAGCCCACCACUGACUCCUUCAUCGCCGUGAUGUACGGGGACACCGAGGGCAGCACCCCUGGAAAUGCCUUGGUCGUGGACCCCAAAAAGCCGUUUCGAAAGCUCAGUCGUUUCGGAAACGCUUUCCUGAAUCGAUUCAUGUGCUCCCAGCUGCCCAACCAGGUCCUGAAGAGCAUCAGCAUCAUUGACAGCCCUGGCAUCCUGUCUGGGGAGAAGCAGCGCAUCAGCCGAGGCUAUGACUUCUGCCAGGUCCUGCAGUGGUUCGCCGAGCGGGUCGACAGGAUCAUCCUGCUCUUCGACGCUCAUAAGCUGGACAUCUCGGACGAGUUCUCGGAAGCCAUCAAGGCCUUCCGGGGCCAGGACGACAAGAUCCGCGUGGUGCUCAACAAGGCCGACCAGGUGGACACGCAGCAGCUGAUGCGGGUCUACGGGGCCCUCAUGUGGUCCCUGGGCAAGGUCAUCAACACGCCCGAGGUGCUGCGCGUGUACAUAGGCUCCUUCUGGGCACAGCCCCUGCAGAACACCGACAACCGCCGGCUCUUCGAGGCCGAGGCCCAAGACCUCUUCAGAGACAUCCAGAGCCUUCCCCAGAAGGCAGCCGUGCGCAAACUCAACGACCUCAUCAAGCGAGCGAGGCUGGCCAAGGUGCACGCCUACAUCAUCAGCUACCUGAAGAAGGAGAUGCCAAACAUGUUUGGAAAGGAAAACAAGAAGCGGGAACUCAUCAGCAGACUGCCCGAAAUCUACAUUCAGCUGCAGCGGGAAUACCAGGUCUCCGCGGGGGACUUCCCUGAGGUCAAGGCCAUGCAGGAGCAGCUGGAGAACUACGACUUCUCCAAGUUCCACUCGCUCAAGCCCAAGCUGAUCGAGGCCGUGGACAACAUGCUGAGCACCAAGAUCGCGUCCCUGAUGAGCCUCAUCAGCCAGGAGGAGAGCAGCGCGCCCACGCAGCUCGUGCAGGGCGGCGCCUUCGACGGCACUGCCGAGGGCCCCUUCAACCAGGGCUACGGCGAGGGUGCCAAGGAGGGCGCCGACGAGGAGGACUGGGUGGUGGCCAAGGACAAGCCCGUCUACGACGAGCUCUUCUACACCCUGUCACCCAUCAACGGCAAGAUCUCGGGCGUCAACGCCAAGAAGGAGAUGGUGACCUCCAAGCUGCCCAACAGCGUGCUGGGCAAGAUCUGGAAGCUGGCCGACUGCGACUGCGACGGCAUGUUGGACGAGGAGGAGUUCGCGCUGGCCAAGCACCUCAUCAAGAUCAAGCUGGACGGCUACGAGCUGCCCAGCACCCUGCCCCCCCACCUCGUGCCCCCCUCUCACAGGAAGUCCCUGCCGAAGGCCGACUGAUGGGCGGCGGGGCCGCUGACGCACCAGUGACCUCGGGCUGGACACUGCCUUCUCUGUGUCUCAGUCUCCCAGUCUGUGGAACGGGGAGGCCAGACACUGGACACCAGGAAGAUGAGGUCCUUCCACCUCUCAAAUCCCCUGACUUUCUGUUACAAUCCGAGGGGCUGCAGGACAGGCAUGGAGACCGGGGGGCUGCAGAGAAAGGCAGAUUUCCAGGGAACACCCAGGAGCCUGGGGGCGCAGCGGGAAGGGAGAUGGGGCUCGCAGGGGCGGCUCGCGAGUCGGGACCUCCAUGGGGCCUGUCUCCCUCAGAGGGCCUCCGGCCAGUAGCCGUAACCUUAUUUAUUAAUUAUUGCGUUUCCAACUGUACUGAGAGCAGCGAGAGACAGAGCUCUCUCCAGACCAUCUACCAAAGAGAAGAAGACCGAGGCCCAGGUGGGAGACAGGCUGCCCCCCGGCCACAUGAGCCCCAGCCCCUUGUCCCCGCCCUCCCGGGCCUCCCAUCCCAGCAGUGUUUGGUCAGGGCUUAGGGACUCCCUGGCACGAGUUUGGGAUUGCACCUCGGGUCACGCUAAGGUCUGGGGUUAGCUUGCCUUGCUGGUGGGUCUGGGAAGCACAGCCCAGUCCGGUGAGGGCAGGGUGGCGUCCCUAGUGCCCCCAGCAUCCAGCAUCCCCAAGGCAAGCUGUCUGGCUGCCAGCAGUGUCCGAGGCCCCGGGCCAGCCCUGCCUGGGCUGUUGAGGAGAGGUAGGUCUGCGGAGUUCCAUGUCGCUUUUGUAGAAAACAGGCAUUUUUAGUAUAUCCAGGGUGGUGGUUUGUUUCUUACGAGAUGAAAGCCUUUAUACGGGAACAAAAUGGCAUCUUAUACAGCCUCCUGGUCAACAGCUGUCGAGUCAUGAAUGCCCGCCUCAGGCAGGAGAUGGGCGCCCCCUGCACGCUGCCCGGGGGCAGGGGGGCUUCCGCCGAGUCCCCCACAGACCCCGGCCCUGCUGGCCUGUCGCCUGUGUCCGGGAGGUGCUGAUUCCUGCAGCCACACUCCCUGCUCUGUGGGCAGCAGGUGCCUUGCACACUAUUUCUGCAGCCCCGGAAACGGAGGACAUGCCCACAGCCCCUCUAAGCCUUCCCCAGGUUCCUGCCACUGAUGCGGGUGGAAGAGGAGAGUGACUGGAGGCAAGCACUCCUGCCAGUGCCAGCCCUCAGCUGCCUAGCUCACCUUCCACAGUUGUAAGAGAAGCAAGUGCCUCGUGUGGUUUUUAGUCUUUAUGCGCACUCUUCAUUAGGUUCAUAGAAAAACACCUGUAAUGCCAGCCCUGUCAGAUGAGCAGCUAGCUCCGGGCAAGUUCCUCCACAGGGGCCUCCUGAGAUGUGAGCCCCGGCGGCCGCCAGGGCGGGUUGGGGGUCGCUUUGUCCAGGGCGCAGGGCUGCCCCGGAGCUGCCUUCCUGUUCAGAAUGCUCUUCCUUAGCUCAGCGCAGCUGGCACGGAGAAGCCCAGGUAGACACGUGCGCCUGGUCCCGUGGGAGUGCGCAUGGGCGGGGGGCUCCGUGCGUGUCUGUCCGGAGAUGCGGAUGCGGUGGCGGGGCUGCCGUCCCCGUGGAAACAAGGACAUGAUGCGGCGCUUAACGUCCCGGCUUCCGAAAUGCUGGGGACAGCCGGGCUGAGCGAGCCUACAGGCAAACCCAGCCAUGCCGCCCGCUGCCGCCUCUGCCGCGCACACCACACCCCUAACACCCGCUCCCCAGAGGGCGGCCCAGCGCCCGGGCCAGGGCGCCUGGACUCUGAACCGUACAGCUCUCUCCCAGACUCCACCGAGGGACCUCGCCCGGCGCCUGCCUCUACAACGCUAGGUUCCAGGGAAGGGAAGGCUCCAGCCUGUUCCCCCUUCCCGGCGGGCAGCCUCCAAGCUAUGAGACCGCUGAGCCUGCGGGUAAAGAAACCUCUCAGGGGGCCCGCCGCGGGUGUACUGAGGCAGCCGUCAUGCCCAGAGCCAGGCCCGGGGCCAAACCCUGAGGAUGGGAAGGCGUUUUACUGUCCCCUCCCGUGGAAGGUAGCGGAAGGGCAACUCCAGGAUGGAGAGCGGCUGAGUCAACCAGGACACGUGGCCUAAUUUAAGAGUGUGUCAGAUUGUGUGGCAAAUUAACCCGUGCAAUUAACACACGUGCUUCUGUAUAUUUUUUUCUAUUUUGUAAUCCUAUUUAGAAGUAUCAAAAAAAGACACAGUUGACUGAUCAAUAAACUUACUCAGAAACCCCUACCUGCCUCCUGUUGGCUCU